CAAAUGUUCCUGAAGACUGUGAAAAGGAACUUGGUCAGUGUACUAAGUUUAUUUAUGACGUUACUCGUUUACGUGCCUUGAAAAGUUCUGGAUGUACAAAGUUUUGCCAGUGUGAGCAUGCAUCCACUGAGACGGACGGCUCUGUGACGUAUAAGUGGGCCGAACAUACGUGUGCACCUGGACUUUUGUUCGAUGAGGAAAUUAAAGUCUGUAAUUGGCCAGGCAAUGUGCAAUGCAACGGUAUAUUUCUGUUUUGUAUAGAUUUUUGCUUAACAAUGGGAAUGGAAUUUCAAAACUUAAUUGUAUAAUUAUCACGUCUCCAACAUAUCCAGGAAUUAUCACACAAUAAAACACUAUUCACAUAAAUAUUUGGUUCACCUUUCUCGUGUCAAACAAGAAUAUAUACAGAAAAAACAAUCUCAACGUGUUCAUUGACGUCAGUAUAGAUGAUAACCGGUGAAAUUCUUGACAUGUUUCGCCCUCACUUCGUGUAAAUUUCUGUAAAUUUAUUGUAAGCGACUGUAUGAAUUAUCGAAUCAAUUGUAUAGAUGCUGCACAAUAAAGAAUAUGCAUGCUACUAAGAUUCAUCGUCCUUGUUUUAUUUUUCAGCAAAUGAUGUUGACGACUGCGAAAAAGAACAUGGCGAAUGUACAGCAUUUGUUUAUGAAGAUGUCCGAUUACGUCCAUUAAAAAGUUCCGGGUGUACAAAAUUUUGCCAGUGUGAGCAUGCAUCCACUGAAGCGGAUGGUUCUGUGACGUAUAAAUGGGCGGAGCACACGUG